UUCAGCGGCUUUUCACGUUAACAUGUUCCUGUACGCUAACGCGGCUAGCCGAGGAGCCGCGAACCGUCGACGUGUUACUAACACCGGACUCGAUCAACGGAGGCGUCGCGAGACGUGUCGUUACCGAAUAAUGGCAUUCAGUGGCGUGACUUCAGGAAGUGUCGUAACGGUCCAGAGACCCGCAGAGUGUCUUAUCUGAGUGGUUUCUGGCGUAGCGACGGCAGCUAAAUACGAGCUAACGCUGUGACUAAUGGAGAGUUAGCCGAUGCGUUUAAGGGGGUUGGAAAUCAUACAUAUAUUUUUUUACUGGCCUCCGAUGAAUCUCCUCACAUAAACCUGUUACGACUUGUGUAAAACAAUAUAAUAAUUGUACAUUUCAUGACAUUGCUGCUUUAUAGAUUAGCUAGUCUGUUAACUGAUUAAUUGAUUUGGCGAAAUUGCCAAUCAUGGAGCUCGUGGUCGAAACUUCGCUGCUUCUUUGUAAAUUGGAUAUGUUUUGGUUUAAAUUGCCUAUUUAACCUCUAAAAGACAAAACAAAUCUAGUUUAAAUACAUUUUAAAAUAUGUUUUAAUUAAUUCCCCAAAUAAUAUAAUAGUAACUAGAACGGGCACUCGGUAGAGCGCAUACCUUCGCAUAUCACAAGAUUGGGCAUUGAAUUAUGAACAUGUUGGCAUUAGUUGCAUGUCAAUUGAAUAGAAAUUGACCGUGCUAUGGUAAAAAAAAAAAAUUGUUGACCUUUUCAUGACUUUGACCCGAUCAUCCCAAAAUCUAAUCAAAUGGUCCCCGGAUAAUAACCAAUCAUCCCCCCAAAUUUCAUGGGAUUCGGUUUAAUACUUUUUGAGUUAUGUGCAGCCAAACUCCCCUGCACACAUGGCUGGACUGCAGCCGUUCUUUGACUUCAUUCUGUCUCUGGACAACAAAAGACUUAAUGAGGAAAAUGACCUGCUGAAGGAGCUUCUGCAAGCCAACACGGAGCGAGCGGUGAGGAUGCAGGUGUACAGCACGAAAACCACCACGCUCCGUGAGCUGGAGGUGAUGCCCAGUAACAUGUGGGGGGGGCAGGGCCUGCUCGGGGCCAGCGUCCGCUUCUGCAGCUACCAUGGAGCCAACGAGAACGUCUGGCACAUCCUGGACGUGGAGGCCAGCUCCCCCGCUGCAUUGGCGGAGCUCCAGCCGCACAUCGACUACAUCGUCGGAGCGGACCAAGUGUUGCAAGACUCAGAAGACUUCUUCUCGCUGAUUGAGGCCCACGAAGGGAAGCCCUUGAAGCUGCUGGUGUACAACACACAAACCGAUGUCUGCAGAGAGGUGGUGGUCACACCCAAUGGGGCGUGGGGCGGAGAGGGCAGUUUGGGGUGUGGCAUCGGUUACGGCUACCUGCACCGGAUCCCAGCGCUUUCUGAUGGUUCGGCGGCUGAGCCACCCGCCCCGGUUCCCGAGGAGGAACCCCCCCCGGAGCUGCCCACCCACGGGUUCACCGAGGCACCUUUGAUUGCACCUUCAAGUCUAAGUGUCGAUGUGUUGGACCUGGAGCAGGUCACCCUCCAGGAAGCUCCUCUACCUCCACCCGUCCAGAGGGUCAUGGACCCCGGUUUCUUAGACUCUGAAGUGGCAGUGAUGAACCCCGAACCUGCAGAUUUGGCGGACAGACUGGACCUGUCCAUGUCGUCCAUCGACAUGACCGACACUUCGCUGACGAUGCACGAGGAGAAGGACGGGGACAUCUCUGGCGUCGGUGAGUUAGAGGAGCUGGAGGGCAGUGCGCUGCCCUCGUCGUCCGCAGACAGCCAGACUGAGCUCCGGGACCGGAGCUCCCACACGGCCACAAAGCUCAGCGCUGCCCUGGCGUCCAGUGACACUUUGUCUGAGCGGUCUCACCUGCUCACCGAGUCCGCCGUCGCCCCCGGCCCUCUGUGUGAAUCUAGCGCUGGCCCGAGUCCACCGGCGGAGGACUUGUCUCUCCCCGUGGAGACCCCCCCAGAGCCUCCCGCCGCCGAGCCCUCCGUCCCGGCCGAAGAGCCUCCCCGCCCACCUCCCGUCGACGCGUCUCCCGCUCCGGCGGAGCCUCUCCAGGUGGCGGCCGCUCACCACUGCAGCCACGAGAGCGAGGGGGAGGAGCCAGAAGAAGAGCCGGCUCUCGUGUAAGCCGGCAUCAGGCCGUACAGAAGUUGCGAAGAGUGAAGUUGACAAUCACUGGGGCUUUUUUUAAAGAAACACUAUAGGAUGUGCAGAGCAGACGGAGGAAGACGCUUCCUGACCUCGUGAUAGUUUCUCAGUAAGCGCGCGUGGCUCCGCCCCUUUGUUGCAGGACAGACGCCGGCUGAAGCGUUCGCACAUGAGUUGGAGAGAUACUUAGAGGCACUGUAGGAAUAUCCGUUUUUCUUUUCACAUGUGGGAAUUUUAAAGUUACUGCUUAUUUUAUCACCAAGAUGGUUAUAAAAAUAAAAAUAAGUCCCAUGCUUGGUGCAAAAUUAGAUGACGCUCGUGCCAAGACUUUUGUUUCUGGUUCAGCGACGUGUUUAAUACUUGAAAGCUUCCAAAGUCAAACGCGUCUACGUUUAGUCGAGCACGGCUGCACCUUGACGCCCGUUAACGAUAUCCACGCUUUUGAAGCGACCGGACCGUCGGCAGUUCAGACGAGCCGGUCUUGACGAUUCCCCAGAAUAGAGCUUUAAAAAAAAAGCUUUCUAGUUUAGUGUCGUUUAUCGCUCAAGUAUUGGAUUUCUAAGUGUUGCAAUGAGGGAAACGUUUGUCCACUCGUACCGCGUGAAACCAGUCGGUACAUGUUUUUAUUCAAGCUUUGAUGAGGUCAGUAUGUUUUAAACCGUCUUUUAAUUUGAUUUAUUCGGUCAUAGUUUGACAAUUUUUACAGUUUAUCACUAAAAUUAUGUCUCGUUCAACACUA